GACCCUGUGCACGCUUAUGGCUGAAACAAUCUGCUACUUGUACCAGCGUGCAUGUAUUCUUUUCUGCAUAUGAAUGGCAAAACGGAUUUCGAGCAUAUCUGCCGAUAUAUUUUGUAUUGCGCCCCAUCGCAGGUGUGCAACGCGAAACUUCGCAUUCUUGUUGUGGACCCCCGGUUCCCUGGUUCCUGCCACGACUCUUGGGUGUGGCAGCAUAACCUACUGCGUGCAAGCCUAGCCGCACAACUGCAGCCUGGCAAGUAUCUGCUUGGAGACUCAGGAUAUCCCCUCGAGCCAUGGCUGCUUGUUCCACUACCUGGCAGCCAUGCCGGCACCACCUCUGAAGGCCACUACAACCGGGAGCACGCAUCCAUGCGCAAUGUUGUGGAGAGAUGUAUCGGGGUGUUGAAAAGCAAGUUCCGCUGCUUGCAGCGCUUUAAGACACUGCUAUACAGCCCCGAUAGAGCAGCGCGAAUCAUUUAUGCGUGUGUUGCUCUCCAUAACAUUGCCUUGGACGCGGGCGACUGGACAUUGGACGAUUAUGGUGGGGAAGUGCCACCAGCUGAGGAGCCAGAACAGCCAGGAGACAUCCAGGUGCUGGCACCGCACGACGUGUUUCCUCAGAGGAAGGCAGCAGCGCAGCGCCGUUGUCCAGCUUUUCUGAAGGACACAGGAAUGGUGCGCAGCGAUGUGUUGCGCUGUGGCGCGCACCUGCUCCAAGAUCUUGCAUGAGUUGCCGAUUACUCACAACCAGCUCACG